AUGAUCCUGCCGUUGCUGUCCGUCGUCUGCAUCGCUCAGUUUUUUGUCAGGGUUGGUUUUCCGGCAAGUUAUUAAAGGGGCAUAGGUGGGGCUAGUAAAGGGUUUUGGGACGAAAAGAGAAGUUUCUGGGCUUUGGAGGAGCUAUACUUGACUUACAGCUUGGAUAACUGUCCAAAAAUCUUUAAAAUCCGGAUUUGAAGUUCCUCAAACCUGCGAAAAUACAUUUUUGUAAAUUAAUAACACCAAAAAUCGCAUUUUUCUCUUUUUUCAAGCCUCUUCCCGAUCUUUUGAUCGAUCUUGAUCGAUCUUUUCACAAAAAAAUACAAUUUUUGGAGAUAUUCAAAGCUCCCGUUUCACAAAAAAAGGGGGUCAAACCUGGACUUCCCACUUUGAAAAUUCAGGUCUCUUGUUAAAGGAGCAUAGGUAGAUUGUGUAGGUUAGGUUUAAAAUUUUUAAAAAAAUACAAAAAAAGAAAAUCAGUUCAAGGGAACUCUUAUUCGUUUCGAGUUCUAAGUCGAAUCCUCCAAACUUCACGAUAAAUGGAAAUUUUCAGGCAGAGUUAGCAGAAGUGAACGGCGUGGAGUCGUCGAAACGGGCCGACCUGUCCUCGUUCGACACUUUGGGCGGCAUGGGACUCGGAAAACGGUCCCAGAUCUACGCCUUCGACACCCUCGGCGGCAUGGGUGAGAUAUGGAGGAAAAAAUUGGGGUUAUAAGGGUGGUGUCUUGGAAUUUUGAGUGUUACUAGAUCACUAGAAACUUCAAUUACCUUCGCUUACUGGUUAAAAGAACUAUUGAAGUGGCCACCCUAGCGUCCUUUUCAAGUAGCCUCUUGAGUAGCCACCAAAACCUAUAAUAUUCGGUCCUUAAGGGAUCACUAAAGCUUUACGUUAGGGAUCCCUCAAAGAUUACCGACUAUUCUAUUAGUUCUAAGCGACUCUGGCUCUCUGAAAUUUAGUUAUCUUUUUCUUUCUCUGACGGCUUUUUGAAUUUCGCGGCAUCUAAAAAUUCCUUUAAUAGCAUUUUUUUUUUUCAGGCCUCGGGAAGCGAUCGCAACUGUCGGGAUUCGAUACGCUUGGCGGAAUGGGUCAGAUCAAAAAAAAACCAAUAACUAUGUUUUUCCAGGCUUAGGAAAACGUUUCUCUGGUUUCGAUACGUUAGGCGGCAUGGGCCUCGGCAAACGGUCUGACGUCAUCGGCGACAAAAGAGCCGCACUUUCCAGUUUCGACACUCUUGGAGGUAUACUCCGGGAAAAGGCUUUUUCUCUGCGCCCUCCUCGUCUCUCGACGACCCUCUCAUGUUUACGUGCUAUCUGCAUGUUUCUCUGACCCCGCCGGCGAGGGAACAGACAGACGCAGAGAUGCGGAAAAGUGUCAAAUUGCGACAAACGGACUAUAGGAGAGAAUGAGCAUAAAGGUCUCGAAACGAAAAGAGAGGCUUUUAUCAAUUAUUAUCUGGCCUUUUAGAAUAUCCAGCAAUGAACAGUUAUAAAGCAUUUUUUUUUAAGCUUUCACAAAAUGUUUAGGUUACUGUAGCUUUUAGCUUGUCGUUCCAAGACCUUUCUUCUUGAAAUUUCACUGAUGUAUUAGUUUUUGGAACACUUAUGAGAAAGGAAAAAUCAGCUUUGAAAAUGAAAAGUUUCCACCAAUUUUCAAAAAUUGUUUUCAAAUAAAAAUCUUUUUCUGCACCUUCCCAUGUUUACGUGCUAUUUUCAUGUCUCUAGUGAGAAAAAAAAGACCGCAGAGAAUUGACAACACAAUAUGAAAAAAGAAAAAUGAUCAAGUGAAUGAAAACUAACUUCUUCUUCAGGAAUGGGCCUUGGAAAGCGGUCCGGCCCAUCACCACUAUACAACUUUGUGAUCCGCCCCGCGUACAACUGA